AUGGAAAUUACCCCAGCAAAUCGUUCAUCAAGGUCAAGAUCAAGAUCAAGAACUAGAAAUUCAACAGCAAACACAAGAUCAACUUCAGCUACUCGUAGACCAAGCUUAUCAUCUACAAAGAGAUCAUUAUCAAGUUCAUCAUUGAAUAAAUUAACAGUUACAUCAACUCAAAUUAAUCAUGAUAGAAAUAUACCUUCAAUACAAGUUAUAUUAGAUAAUUCAUUACCUGCUGAUUUUUUUAAACAAGAUAUAAUAGCAUUAACUAAAACUUUAAGAAUAAGUAAAUGGCAUAAAAAAAAUUUAGAUAUAAAAUAUUUAAAAGUAAAUAGAAUUUCAGGUGCAUUAACAAAUUCGAUAUAUAAAGUAGAAUAUAAUGAUGUAUUACAAGAUAUAGUAUUACCUUCAUUAUUAUUACGAGUUUAUGGGAAAAAUGUAGAUGAAUUAAUAGAUAGAGAUCAUGAAUUAUUAACCUUGAUUAAAUUAUCACAAAAGAGAAUUGGUCCAAGAUUAUUGGGGAUUUUUACAAAUGGUAGAUUUGAACAAUUUUUAGAUGGAUUUAUAACAUUAAAUAAAGAACAAAUUAGAGAUGAAGUUAUAUCACAAAUGUUUGGUAGAAGAAUGAAAGAUUUACAUUAUAAAAUUGAAUUAGAUGAAGAGGAUUAUAGGCCAAUGCCUACUUGUUGGAGAUUAAUUGAAAAAUGGAUGAAAAUUUUUGAAAAUGAAUAUUUACCUGGAUAUUUGGCUGCGGGAGUUGAUCCAAAAGAUAUUUUCAUGAUGGAAUUUGAUGACUUAAAAGAAAUUGUAUUUAAGUACAAACAUUGGUUAUUUUCAAAAUAUGAUGAUGAUGGAUUUACAUUAAAUUAUAAAUUUUGUCAUAAUGAUACUCAAUAUGGGAAUUUAUUAUUAUGUGAAACUUUUAAAGCUGAAGAUAUAAUAGUUGAUUCACCAACCACUACCACAAAAGUAAAUGAUAUAACAAUAAAAUCAACAUCAAAUAAAAAGGAUUCAAAUUUAGUAGUUAUAGAUUUUGAAUAUUCAGGACCAAAUUUCCCAGCAUUUGAUAUAGUUAAUCAUUUUAGUGAAUGGAUGACAGAUUAUCAUGAUCCAGUAAGAUCAUAUUUUUUGGAUGAAAAAAAAUAUCCAACAAGAUUACAACAAUUAAAUCUUUUAAAAUCUUAUAUUGAAUAUGAUUUUCAAUUACCUUCAUCAAAUUUAAAAAGUUCAAAAAGUUCAAUAAAUUUAUUAAAUGAUCCAAAUCAAGAUGCUUUAAAUAUUAUUCAAUAUGAAAUUGAAAAAAUGUAUAAUGAAUGUAUAUAUUGGAGAGGUUCAGUACAAAUUUAUUGGUGUUUUUGGGGAUUAAUUCAAAACGGUCCAAUAAAACCAAAAUUACAAAAAUCAGCUAGUGAAAUUGGAGUUGAUUCAACUUAUAAUAUUACAGUUGAUAUUGAAAAUUUAAAUCUUGAUGAAAAUAAUGGAGAAAUUAAACAAAAUGAAAAUAAUGAUAUUGAAAUUGUUACUGAAGAAGCUAUUACAUCCAGUGAUGAUGAUUUUGAUUAUUUAAAAUAUUCAAAUCAGAAAAUUUCCUUAUUUUUAGGUGAUGCUUUACAAUUGGGAUUAUUAACAAAAAAAGAAAUUUCUCCAAAAUAUAUAGAUUUAGUUAAAUACUUAAAUAUUGAUACAAUAGGUAUGGUAUAG